AUGACACCAUUGAAAUACCUCACUUUAAUUGCUUUCACCAUUAUGCAUGAAGUCAAUGGAGCUUGGACAAUAGAAAAAGGAUUAAAUUGUGGUGGCGCUAAAUAUUCUGGCCAGAACCUCGUGCAAUUUCGCAAUACGCAUUGCUCUAAUGAGAGGCAUGGUUUUUAUGCACUAAAUCAGUAUAGUCACCCAAGAGAGUCAUUCGAAGAUGAAACUGGGAUCAGUUUAUAUUUCUUAAGACUCCCUACAGUAUCACAGAGUGGUACAAUGCUUUACAGUACCCCAUCUGAUCACUACCUUGCUGUAAACGACCGCUGUGUUUUCUAUUAUGGUGCUUCAAUUACUGGAUCGGUUCAAGAUAAUCAACAAGUGACAAGCAACCAGAUACAGAGAUGCGUACCAUUGACUGGAUAUUUUUAG